UAUUAAAACAAAUCUUUAAGAAUGGUAUGUGUUCAUUGUGAAAUUAGGGGUUGUUAAAUAUCAUUCGAAAGAUCAAAAAAACAGCAAAGGAAUUAAGAAUCCUUGUCUUAGGAUUAGAUAAUGCAGGAAAAACAACUAUUCUCAAAGCUUUAUCAAAUGAGGAUAUUAAUCAGAUAGCUCCCACUCAUGGUUUUAAUAUCAAAAAUUUGUAACACGAUGGAUUUAAGCUUAAUGUAUGGGAUGUUGGAGGUCAAGAAGUACAAAUUUAAUGCAUCAUAGAAACUACGAGAAUAUUGGAGCAAUUUCUAUGAAAAUACAGAUGCUUUAGUAUUUGUUAUAGAUUCAUCAGACUAAAUGCGUUUAGAAGAGGGUGGCAAAGAAUUAGACAAAUUAUUAGGAGAGGCUGAAUUAAAGAAAGUCCCUCUAUUAGUAUUCGCAAAUAAAUAAGAUUUGGUCUAAGCUCUUCCAGCAGAUGAGGUUAAUAUCCUUACUUUAUUCAGAUCUCUGAUACUUUGAAACUAAAUAAAAUUACAGACAGAUAAUGGUCUAUUGUUGCAUGUUCAGCUAAAACAUAGGAAGGAUUGCAAGAAGGAAUGGAAUGGCUUAUUAAGACAGUCUAAGAUAAAUGA